AAUUGUUUUCCAUUAUAAUAGAAUGAAUGACAUUUCAAAACUGCGCUAAGAUAUUGCACUUCGUUGUGUCGUUGUUUUGUAAACACCUCGACCACCUGACAGCCACUUGACUCACCGUCCUACAGUAGUAAAGACGCGCUUUUCAAAUAGACAAUAACUAAUAUCGCUAUUACAAUAAUGGCUGCUGUGUUGUUCAUAGUGUUGAUACCGAAAAAGGAGUAUGAGCUCAACCUGAGGAGCGGGAGUAUUUCUACAGACCCAUCGAACGAAUCGAAAGAGUCCAGUGAAUAUAAAUUUAAAGACUCAACCAAUCCCAAAGUUACCCUCGACGGAUCUCAAGACUGUGGUAAUGGUAUCUCACUAUCCACGUGCAAAUCGACGGACUUGUUGCACGACAAAUCUAGGUUUAAAAGUGAUAGUGACAUUAAACUUUCUUUGGAUGAGGAGAAUUAUCUAACAUCGUGGGAAGAGCUGAAGCAAGUUUUGGGGCUCAGGAAAAAUAAACUGAAAAUCACAAGUUCACUUCGUGGUUUGGACAUCUUGCUCGCCUUUCACGCCAGCACUCCUCUGGAAAUUAUUUUGUCUGAAGUGCUGAAACGGUUGAACAUUGAAAAUGCAUCUUGGAGUGAAACCAAAAAUAAUGCGUUUUGGCAGGUGACGUUCUCCGUCAAGUCUCACUCGUGCGAGGAGACGCUGGCCGUGCUGCGAGCUCUCGGCGUGGGGGGCCGCAGCCAAUCAGCGGUCAGCGUGCUGCCUUGCACGCUGUACUACCAGGGGGGGCGGGGGGACGCCCCCGGGGUCAUGCUUGACACGGACUCCGCUUGGUCGCGGUUCACCUCGUCAGUGCGCGCGCGCACCAACUUGGCACAAGUGCUCAAUGACGUCAGGGCCGACGGCGCGCUCACGUUUGAUUGGCUGUUCCUGUUGACCGUUGCCGCGUUCGUCGCUGCCAUUGGUCUGGUUGAAAAUUCAACUGUCAUACUCGUUGCGAGUAUGCUAAUUUCUCCGCUGAUGGGUCCAAUAACAGCGGGCACGCUCGGCACGGCAGUGAAGGACCGAUCGCUGCAGCGGCUCGGGCUCCAGAACGAGCUGCUGGGGCUGACCCUGUCGCUGAUGAUCGGCUUCUCGUUCGGUCUCACCAUCUGUGCCAUGGACGAGCGGUACGGGGUCGGUGACUGGCCUACGUAUGAGAUGCUAUCCAGAUGCGAGGUCCGUUCCCUCUGGGUGGGCGUGCUAGUGGCGGUCCCGAGCGGCGCGGGCGUGGCUCUGGCUGUGCUGGGCGAAUACACCGCUUCGCUGGUUGGCGUAGCCAUCUCCGCCUCGCUGCUGCCCCCUGCUGUUAAUGCUGGCCUCCUCUGGGCGAUGUCCCUAGUCCACUUCUUCUUCCUAGACGACGAGGCUCGCUGGAACGACGUGGUCACCAGCCGGCGCUACAGUGACAACCCAGCCGUGGAGCUCGCGGUGUUAGGCGCCAUGUCGCUCUGUUUGACCCUGGUCAACAUUGUCUGCAUCUUCUUCGCCGGUGUACUGGUUUAUAAGGUAAAAGAAGUAUCUACACUGGAAAGACGUACUAUUUCAUGGUGGGGGUCGAGCCAGCGGACGCACGACACCAGCAGACGCAAGCAGGACUCGCCUUGCAGCUGGAACGAGCUACGAAACAGCCAAUGGUAUAACCCUGAAGAAUUUGAAAAAGAGAUCAUUCCACCCGAACAGGACAAGAAAGUUCACGAAGAUAACAAUAAUUUUGAUGAAAAGCCAGUCGAUAAAACAUUGUACGAUAUCAGUAAUAGCAAAAGCAAUAAUAUAAUAGAUAAAACAACGCUUGAAAAGGACUUCAUAUAUAACGGCAUUAACGAUACCAUUACUUUCCGAAGACCACCACUAAGAACCACGAUUAAAAGUGUUGAAAAACUUUUAGAUCUCAAUGAUUCCCUGGCGCACUCUCCCACUGAAAAUUCUCUCUACGAAGUCAUCAGAGAAAAAGAAGACGAUGAAUCUAUUGAAAACCAAAGCGAUAUAACAGUUACACCAAUGAAACUAAUAGAAAACAAUCCAGAAACAUUUAAAAAUAGAUAUAGCUUCCAUAAUUUAAGUUCUGGAGCGGAAAAUACAGAAUCUGCUAAAGAUGAACCAGCUACCAUAGAUCCGUCCCUUAAUUACACAGCGAAUUCUAAAAGAUCUAGUUUACAAUUAACAAACACCACUUUUGAUGUGUAACCAUUUAAACCUUUUUCACAAUUCUUUAUUGCACUAAUUAACAUCCCUCAUGUUUAUAAAUAAUAGUAAGUUCCCAUAUCUAUUUAAUAAUUAUUUUAGUACGUUAUUGUUAAGUGUUUAAUACAAUUUGUAAACAAACUAUA